CCCGGGUCCAAAAAAAAAAUUAUGGUUUUCCUUGACUGAUAAUUUGUAAAGAAACUGGGAGUUUGGCCUGGACUCAGUGCCAUUUUUACGAUAGGACGUGUGGAUUUUUUUAGGCACGACGUUUUGCAGACCCGGGUCAGGGUGCUAGACUGAAGAGGUCAACAGCACGGGCCUGAGAGCGACAAGGGAACCCCGGACCCAAAAAUGGAUUUCCUGGACUGAUAUUUUGCACAGAAACUGUGCUUGACCGGGACUAUGGUAGUCCGGCUGGACUGGAGUCUGCUGUCCCUGGUUGUGUUGUUUGCGGUUCUGGUGCUGCCGACAGACGGGGGACAGAUCCAGGAGCCCUUGACACGGAUUUGGGACUUCCAGCAAACUCUGGCAUUGCUGAACAAUUAUGGCUACUUCAUGGAAAAGGAGACGGACUCGGAGGGCAGCAGAACAGAGAGGGAGGGGAGGUUACGGAUACUGACGGAUCCGACGGAGGAAAUCCCGGAACCCGACCGGAACCUGAUGAUCAAAGUCAUGGCCAACUCCGAGUCUGCCUGGCCUGACUUCCCCUACGGCAGGACAGGGCGGCUGUCUCUCAGCGGGACCAAGUGGAAGAACAAAGACGUGUCUUUCAGGAUAGUGAACUACCCCAGCAGUGUUCACCUGGACCACACGGUUGUCCACCAGGUGCUGGUCGACGCGCUCAACGUCUGGGCGAACGUCUCGGGGCUCCGGUUUGUGGAGAGGAGGAGCGGAGAUGCUGACAUCAUGGUCAAGUUCGCACGGGGGAACCAUGGCGAUGGGAAAGCUAACCAGUUUGAAGGCCCAGGGGGAGAGUAUGCCCACGCAUUUCAGCCGCCAGGAGCGGACUGGCCGGAUGGUUACGGGGAUGACGGGGACGUCCACUUCGACGCUGACGAGUACUGGACGCUGCGAUCACCCAGAGGAGUGAACCUGUUCCAGAUCGCGGUGCACGAGUUCGGGCACGCGCUCGGGCUGAGUCACACGGACGACCCGAGCACCAUCAUGUUCCCGUUUCCCGUCUUCAGGAACAACUUCUGCGUCCAUCCAGACGAUGUCAGGGCCAUACAGAACCUGUACGACGGACCCGAGCAGUCGUCUCCUUCCUUACCGAGGUGCAACAGUCUGCCCGACCCCUGCACCUCGGAGUUCGACUCCAUCCUGCACUUCCGCUCAGAACUGUUUGUAUUCAAGGGAAUCUACACGUUCCGUAGGCACAUGUGGGAGCACGGCGCCGAACCCAAGCUGCUGAUCACCCAGCAGGUGUGGCGUGGGCUGCCUGACAAAAUCGACGCGGCGUACACCCGACCACAGGACGACAAAAUCAUCUUCUUCAGUGGUGGACAGUACUGGUUGUUUGACGGUGCUAACAUGGAACCAGGUUUCCCUCGGCCCAUCUCCGACUUCGGCCUGCCUACAGAUGACGUGGAUGCUGCUGUGGCUUGGAGACCAACUAAGAAGACGUACUUCUUUAAGGUGAGGAAUGGUUUCUUUAAGGUGAGGAAUGGUUUCUUUAAGGUGAGAAAUGGUUUCUUUAAGGUGAGAAAUGGUUUCUUUAAGGUGAGAAAUGGUUUCUUUAAGGUGAGGAAUGGUUUCUUUAAGGUGAGAAAUGGUUUCUUUAAGGUGAGGAAUGGUUUCUUUAAGGUGAGAAAUGGUUUCUUUAAGGUGAGGAAUGGUCACCUUCUCUUCAGGAGCCAUUUUUCAGGAGAAAACAAUGAAUUCAAACUGAGUUCUGAGCAAGUGCGGACAAGUUUUGAGUUCUCCCACGGGAUCAGUCUCGGUGUGUUCUUGUGA